UGUUAUGUUCUGUUAAUUACCGAUGUCCCCUUUAAGGAUGGAGCGCCCUUGGUCAUGCGCAGUAUUGUUCUAUGUUAUUCUGGUACUAACUAGUUUGAGUAAAUGUGAAGCUCCAGUUCAAUUGCUUGUAUUCAGAGUCUUUCUUAUUACAUACAUAAGUACUAAGUGUUAAGACACUACAAUGGCGACGAGGAUGAUUACCUGCAGUGUGCAUCACGAAUACAGAUGGAGUUCGUAGGAAGAGAGGAAGAUUUUGACCCUGUAGCACAACAGCUAGCAAGCAGUGAGGACGAGGGGAGAGCUGACGAGAACGAGGCGGCAGAUCAAAGACCCGUGGAGCCGGAGGUAAAGAGAAUGGCUAGCAUCGGGAAAAUAGAUGUGUUUGAUGACACGCAAGAAAACUGGGCAACUUACAUUGAACGACUGGAACAUUACUUCAUUGCAAACGACAUUGCUGAUAACAAGAGAGUACCAGCGUUGUGGAGUUUAAUUGGCCCAAAAACAUACAGUUUGCUAAGAGAUCUGACUGCCCCUCUGAAGCCCUCAAAUAAAACAUUCACAGAGAUUGUGGAGCUAUUGCAAAAUCACCUAUCACCUAAACCACUCCUCAUCGCGGAACGUUUUCGUUUCCACAAGAGAGAUCAGAAUGAGGGGGAGGGUGUUAGUACAUAUGUAGCAGUGUUGAAGAAACUGUCUGAACAUUGCCGGUUGGGAGAGAACCUAAAUGACACAUUAAGGGAUAGAUUUGUUUGUGGACUGAAACAUGAACAAAUUCAAAAGCGUUUGCUCACAGAAUCAGAGCUCACGUUUGCAAAGGCUGUUGAAAUUGCUGUGGCUAUGGAAAUCGAGACUAAAGAUACUUUUGAGUUGCAAAGUAAAAGAAUUACCGACCUGUCACAAAUUUCCCUGCACAAGUUUUCACGCAGUCGACAACGCCCCUGUGUGGCCGAAAAAUGCAACAGGUGUGACAGAGAUGGUCACAGAGCAGAGGACUCCCGUUUCAAAGACGAAAUUUGUCACAAAUGCAGUAGAAGGGGGCACAUUCAAAGAGCAUGCAAAGCCAAAUUCAGUCACAACAGGAAAACUGAGAAAAUUAAAGGGUCUGUGAAUGCACUAGCAGAGAACAGUGGCAGUGAUUCAGAUGAACGAUUAAUUGGUACAAUGGAGUUAAACACAGUGACUUCUCCCAGCAGUAGCAUAAUAUGGGUGACACCAGAUAUCGAAGGCAAACCCCUCAAAAUGGAGCUGGACACAGGAUCUGCAGUGUCUAUAAUUUCCACUACUGUCUACAAUGAGCACUUUAAGGCUAUUAAGCUGAAGAACACAAAUGUGUUGCUGAAGACUUACUCAGGAGAGAGAUUGAGCCCAAUGGGGGCGCUGCAGGUCAGAUUGCAUUAUGGGGGGCAAACACAGCAGUUACAGCUGUAUGUGGUGCCUGGAACUGGCCCCCCAUUAUUUGGCAGGGAAUGGCUUUCAAAAAUAAAGCUGAAUUGGACUUGAAAAUGCUCCACACGUUCCAGUCCAAAGAGAAAGGCACAGACCAAACACUGGAACACUUACGGAAUAAAUACAACACAGUUUUCAGUGAUCAGAUGGGAACAGUAAAAGGCUUCACCGCAAAACUUGUACUAAGAGAUGACGCAACCCCAAAAUUCUGCAAAGCCAGAUCUGUUCCAUACUCCCUGAGACCAAAGGUGGAAGCGGAAAUCGAUCGCUUGCAGGAUACAGGGAUCCUGGCGAAAGUGGACAGAAGCGAAUGGGCCACACCCAUAGUUCCUAUUGUGAAGAAAGACGGGUCUGUUAGAAUGUGUGGGGACUUCAAGGUAACUGUGAAUCCAAUGUUGCAUGUGGACCAAUACCCCCUACCACACCUGGAUGACAUCUUUGCUGCACUAGCUGGUGGGAAACACUUCAGUAAAAUCGAUCUGAAACAGGCUUACCUGCAGCUACCGGUUGAAGAGAGUUCCAAACAGUACCUGACAAUAAACACACACAAAGGUCUAUACAGGUAUAACCGCCUGGUGUUUGGCAUUGCAUCAGCCCCAGCCAUUUGGCAACAAACUAUUGACCAGAUUUUGCAAGGAAUCCCAGGAACCCAGUGUAUCCUGGAUGACAUGAUCAUAACAGGACGCACCGACAAAGAGCACCUGGCUAACCUGGAAGAGGUCAUGAAAAGACUGAAAGAGUAUGGUCUACAGGCAAACUUAAAGAAGUGUGAGUUCUUCAAAGACAAGAUUGUCUUCUGUGGACAUGAGAUUGACUGUAAUGGAUUGCACAAAACACAGGACAAAAUCGAGGCAGUAGUACAGGCACCACGACCACAAAAUAUCACAGAAGUGAGAUCUUUCACGGGACUGAUCAAUUACUACAGAAGAUUCCUCCCAAACCUUUCAGCAGUACUCCAGCCUCUAAAUCAGCUCCUGGAAAAGAAUAGGACAUGGCGGUGGACAGAGCAAUGUGAAAAUGCAUUUCUGGAGGCAAAACGGCUCAUAACAUCUGAACAGGUCUUGAUGCAUUACGACCCUGAAAUGCCAGUGAAGUUGGCUUGUGAUGCGUCCCCUUAUGGAUUAGGGGCAGUCCUUUCACACACACUGAAAGAUGGGUCAGAGAGGCCAGUUGCAUUUGCGUCACGAACAUUGAAUGAUGCAGAGAAAAACUACUCACAAAUCGACAAAGAAGCACUGGCACUAGUGUGGGGCGUCAAGAAAUUCCACGCAUGCCUAUAUGGCAACAGUUUCACACUGGUUACAGAUCACCAGCCGUUGCUUUCCAUUUUCAGUCCAAAGAAAGGCAUUCCGGCAAUGACAGCAGCCAGGUUACAGCGAUACGCCCUGUUCCUUGCCAGUCAUAUGUAUGACAUUGAGUUUAAGCCGUCAUCCCUCCACACAAAUGCAGAUGGAUUAUCCAGACUGCCAUGUACAAGAGAAAGGCAAAGGAGUGUGGAUGCAGUGGACAUGUUCCAUACCGCUCAGCUCGAGGCACUACCGGUCACAGGCACAGUUAUCAAACAGGAGACAAGGAAAGAUGUGACCUUGUCAAAAGUGUACACCUACACCAUGUCAGGAUGGCCAGCUACUGGCAGAAAGGAGCUGACUCCGUAUUUCCAGCGGAGAAACGAAAUUACAACGUACCAAGGAUGUUUGAUGUGGGGAAUGAGAGUCAUGAUACCCCAGAAAUGCCAACAUCUAGUCUUGCAGCAACUACAUGAAGGUCAUGUUGGAAUUGUCAAAAUGAAGCUGCUCGCAAGGAGCCACUUCUGGUGGCCAGGUCUGGACCAACAGAUAGAAAAUAAGAACUGUAGCGGAUGCUUGGAAACCCUUCACAUGCCUGCUCCUGUCCCAGUCCACCCAUGGGAAUGGCCCGCAGAGCCAUGGCAGAGAAUUCAUGUGGACUACGCUGGUCCCUUUGAAAAGCACAUGUUUCUGGUUAUAGUUGAUGCCCAUUCCAAAUGGCCAGAGGUGUUUUGCACUGACUCCUCCACCUCAGCUCAGACGAUAGAGUGUCUCAGAACAACGUUUGCACGCUUCGGUUUGCCACUGCAGCUGGUAAGUGACAACGCGCAAGCUUUUGUAAGUGACGAGUUUACAAGAUUCAUGUCAGUAAAUGGAAUCAAACACUCAACUUCAGCUCCGUACCACCCUGCCACCAAUGGGCUGGCAGAACGCUUUGUGCAAACCCUAAAGCAAGGACUCCGUGCAGCAAAACGAGACGAAGGGACUUUGCAAACAAAACUGGCCAAGUUCCUGGCCUCCUACCGAAACACCCCACAUGCCACGACAAAUGAAAGCCCAACCGCACUGAUGUUCGGGAGGCCUCUCUGCACACAGCUGGACAUCAUGAAGCCAAACAGGCGUAAUGAAGUGCUGAACAAACAAGCAAAGAUGCUCUCCGGUGACCAGGAGCGCCAUCUCCAAACAGGACAGGAAGUGAUGGUGCGAGACUACAGAAGAGGAGGGAAAUGGACAAGAGGGACCGUACACACACAAACGGGACCCAGAACUUACCAGGUUCAAGUGAGCCCAGACAUAAUGUGGCGGCGUCACAUUAACCAAAUCAAAUCAAAUGUAUUUAUAUAGCCCUUCGUACAUCAGCUGAUAUCUCAAAGUGCUGUACAGAAACCCAGCCUAAAACCCCAAACAGCAAACAAUGCAGGUGUAAAAGCACGGUGGCUAGGAAAAACUCCCUAGAAAGGCCAAAACCUAGGAAGAAACCUAGAGAGGAACCGGGCUAUGUGGGGUGGCCAGUCCUCUUCUGGCUGUGCCGGGUAGAGAUUAUAACAGAACAUGACCAAGAUGUUCAAAUGUUCAUAAAUGACCAGCAUGGUCGAAUAAUAAUAAGGCAGAACAGUUGAAACUGGAGCAGCAGCACAGUCAGGUGGACUGGGGCAUUGUGUCAGGUAGUCCUGGGGCACGGUCCUAGGGCUCAGGUCCUCCGAGAGAGAGAAAGAAAGAGAGAAUUAGAGAGAGCAUAUGUGGGGUGGCCAGUCCUCUUCUGGCUGUGCCGGGUGGAGAUUAUAACAGAACGUGGCCAAGAUGUUCAAAUGUUCAUAAAUGACCAGCAUGGUUGAAUAAUAGUAAGGCAGAACAGUUGAAACUGGAGCAGGAGCAUGGCCAGGUGGACUGGGGACAGCAAGGAGUCCUCAUGUCAAAUGCAUUCCAUGGAAAACAGCACAACAAUCGAGAGAGAACAGGCCCAGAGAGCUCCCGAGAGUGACACACAAGGAACUGUAGAGGACGGUGGGGCAGUAGAGAGACCCCAGGCUGAAAGAAGGGAACGUGUUGAUGAAGGUGCUGCUAUAGCAGACGCUAUAAUGGAACAAGCACACACUGAGGAUGUUCAGGAGCCUCCAGACAAUCUGAGGCGCUACCCAGAACGAAGGCACCGUCCACCAGACAGACUAGACUUAUAAACAAACAAACAAAAACUAACUGUUCAAGUUCAAAUUAAAAGAUGCAAAAUAACUACAACAAGUUCUGGGAAAUGUUUCAGUUGUGGUUUGGUAAAAGUAACUCUGAUUGUAUAAGAGAAGGAAUGUUAUGUUCUGUUAAUUACUGAUGUCCCCUUUAAGGAUGAAGCGCCCUUGGUCAUGCACAGUAUUGUUCUAUGUUAUUCUGGUACUAACUAGUUUGAGUAAAUGUGAAGCUCCAGUUCAAUUGCUUGUAUUCAGAGUCUUUCUUAUUACAUAAAUAAGUA